GUCCAGUAGUUUAUAAUUCGAGAGAUUCCGAAUAAAUAUUUUGUAUCGAGAUAACACUCGUUACACUUCUUCAGGUAUUUUUGGCACCUAUGACUUAUGACCGAUUUUACCUCACUGUAUACAACUGCAUAGCACCAUGAGUGAUAAUAGGAGAAAAAGAUACAACCCAGGGCAGCGCACGCGGCCAGAUAACGGCGAAAACAACCACAGAAACUCGUCUGCCCCAUUGCGGGGAUCAAGUCGGAAUAACAAUUCCCAGUUUAGCCAUCAGAACCUCACCAGAAUGAAUAGUUAUGAUCACGUCCGUAAAAUAGUCCAGGAGGAGGGAAGAACAGCUAGAAAUCUAGUCAUCUACAAUGUCCCAGUCAGACAACACCCAGAGUCAUCCUACAAGAAACCACUAAAGGAUCAAACACAACAAAAGAAUAAAUCCCGAUCUGUAUCUGAGUCUGACACUAAAAGUCUACAGGACCUGACCAAAUCUCCGAAAUCUGACUCCGGGACCAGGAAAUCGGACCGGCGGGCUCGCUACUGGAAGUUCCUGUUUGACAAUUUACAGCGAGCUGUGGACGCUAUUUAUGACACAUGUGAGACGGACGAAAGUGUCCUAGAAUGCAAGGAAGUGAUCAUGAUGUUGGACAACAGUACUCGUGAUUUUAAAUCACUGAUAGAGAGACUCCACACAAUGAAGGCUUACGAGGACGCCACCAAAGAAGGGGACAGGCCCACGUCAAUUGCUUGGGAGGUGAGGAAGAUGUCUCCAGGGAAGGCCAAUAGCCAGGGACAGGUCCCUAUCAACACCCCCACCAGCCCCGCCCAGCGGGUCCUACAGUUCACAGAUCUCAACAGAUCAGAAACAGAAAAUAUAAAAGAUGGGAACAGCUGGGCAGAUAAAGUGAGGGGUAAAUCCAACACCCCCACCUCCUCCCGCACAGAUGGGGUCCAGACCCCUACCCCAGCCUCCCCACAAGUACAAGGUAGCACAUCCCCCAUAUCCCCCGGGCCAGUGUUACCCUCCCCACCCCCAAAGCAGAACGGACACACAGAUGAUGUGGAUACAGAUGGAAGCACUACUAUAGAAGAUGACAAUGAAGGCUGGGAGACUGUCCACAGACCACCAAAAGGUCGUGCCAGAAAUUCUCCCUCUCAGCGGUCCCUGGAGAAUCUGACUGGGGUCGGGAAAUCGCCAGCCAAACUCCAGCGGACAUACUCAGACCCACACACAUCAGGGCAGAGGAGGCCACCCUGGAAUCACGGGGGAGGUAAAGGUCGGACACCACCUCAGAAAUCUGUGUUCAGGACCUCCCUGGGGGAAAGACGAGACAGCGAGAAAGAGAACCGCCCCCAGACCCUGUCACUCUCGAGAUCCAGACUGGAUUCCAGUAAAAGUGGGUCCACUGGGUCGCUAAGUAAACCCACAAAAUCCUACAGCCACUCUGUCAAACAGAGCAGUCUGUCCCCACCCACUGUACAGUCCUACAAUACGCCUGUCAAACAGGACAGUAGAUCUCUCCCCUCUGUCCUAACCAUAGAGGAGAGAACGGAGAAAAAGCUUCAACUAGAGGUAGUACCCAUAGAGGUCAAAGACGAAGGACCGGUAAAUAAAAUUCUGGAAGAGGUCAAGGCCGUAUCCCCGGUGAUGGAGGAAUCUGCAACAGAAGAUGAAGAGGCUCUGGUCAUAGACAAGGCCCUGGCGUCGGCAAUGGAUGAGGAAGAAGAACUGACCAAUCAGCUGGAGGCGGAGCAACAGCAGGCGAUACAGACGGCCAUAGAGGAAGAGGAGGUCUGGCUGAAGGAACUCGCCCGCGAGGAAAACACCGUCAUCGAAGUCGAGACAGAGACAGAAACGGAGAAUGAGCUGGGGAACACAAUGAGCUCCCUAGAAUCCUCUCAGAAAUCACUGGAUUGGGACACAAUAUGUGCUCAGUAUGAAGCCAAGUCUGAGAGUGAGCGUAACAAGUCAUGGGGGGAGAUGGUGGAGGAGGACGAAGAGGAAGUCAGGACCCCGGGGCAUGCCGUACACAUGCACGAAAAACUCUCCUCACCCUCCCGAAAAAGAUCUCCCACUGAAUCCAGAAAGAGACAUGAACAAAAACAGGCCAAGGCCCGGGAACUCCGAGAAAAACUAAUGCAGGAAAAAGCCGAGAGACUCAAGGACAUCUCUAAAAAGGUGGAGGAGGUGCGGGCCUGGAAGGAUGAGCUCUUACAACAGAGGAAGGGUACAAUACAGAGGAAGAUGGCGAAGGCCGAGGAGAGACGUCAGUUACAGAUCAGGAUAAAGGCUCAGAAAGCUCACGAAGAGGAAGCAAAGGGCAAGGAAAUAGAAUUUAUCAACACAUUGGAGGCUCAGAAUAAACGGCACGAGAUAAUGUCUAAACACCAGGUGUCUGAGGCUCGACUACAAGACAUACAGGACGAGAGACAACGCCGUCAUGAAGAGAAGCUGGCAAAGGAAGCAGCAGUGGAGGAACGGAGGAAAGCCCUGGAGGCGGAAAGACAGGCGAGGCUGAAGGAAAUGGAGGAAAAGAGGAAACAGAGAUCUGCCCGGGCAGAACAGCAGCAACAGGAACGAGAGAAGGAAAGGCUGGAAAACAUCAGGGCCAAGGAAAGAGAGAGAGAAGAGAGGUUGGCAGUACUUAAUGCUCAGCAUCAACAACACAUCCAGGAAUUACAGAAGAAAAUCCAGCAAAAGCAAGAUGAGACGAGCCAGCGGCACCAGGAGAAUUUACAGCAGAUUCGGGAGAAGGCGUUCGAGAUGAGUAUUCUGAAACACUCAACAGAGGAACAUAAUGAAGCUCCCAACGUCGUACCGUACGACCACAAGAAACUCUGUACUAUCUGUAAUGUAUUGAUAACAUCAGAGGUUUACUUGUUGAGUCAUCUGAGGGGAAAGAAACAUCAGCAGGCAUUACAGGACAACAACUCAGGGAAAGCCAUGUCUAAACAGGAAAUUGAGAACUUUAAUCUGAAGCACAUUGUGAAUGCCCCGACCAACAGCACCCACCCCAAGAUUGUGUCUGAGAAAGAGAGACUCAAGUCCAUGAAGAAGAGGUCAAAGAAACUCCGACAGAGGAUGACCACAAGAGGACAUGAGUAUGAGAAUUCCUUGUCUCAGAAACAGCAGCAAGUCGAGUCUGAACACAAAGCAAAAAUACAUAAAAUAGUCCGAGACAUCAACAAAUAUCUCCAGACCCAGGACUCAGGCCCCUGGCCUCAGAACAAAGUGUCAGCCCUAGACAGAGCAUUAGGGGAAAUCAGCAGGAUUUUAGACAAAAAGAGUGGACAGGACCAGAAUGCCCUGCGGGUGCUGGGUGGACUGAACAGUCUCUGUAGACUCCUCCAUGUCUUAGACAACGCCACUCCAGAAUUACCCCCAGUUAUCCCACCAAAGACCCUGACCUUGACUUGUAAUGUGUUCCGCCAAGCCUGUAAAAGUCAUUACGACAACUGUCACUACAUGUUGUUCAGUAACAAGAUCGGAAUUAUAGCCGAUCUACUCGUCCAGAGACUGAUGCUCCUCCUACCAGAGAACCAGUCUCGCCCCGGGUCGGGUCAGUCGGCAGGAAGUUCUCAGUCCUCGGGCACGAUCUCCGGGACGUCCCAGGGACACAAACUCCCAUACGACGCGCUGGCCCUCAGUCUGAUGCAGCUCAUGUCUACAGUGUUGUCCUGUCUGGCUAAAAAUAACCCGGCAUCUAACGUCAGUGAGGCUUCUGCCGAGAGAAUGAGCGGGACGGUGGACACAGUGUCUAGUAGAGCUAAUGAUCUCAUCAGUUACAUUGUCAGUGUGGGAAUAGUAGAUAAGCUGACUCAGUAUUUCCGUAAAGUCCAGGGUCCAAUCGAUGACGAUAAAGAUGGUGCCGAGUUUCUACAGCAUAGUCUUGGGCUUCUGGUGGCUAUGACUAAAGUUAUGUCAAAACGGAAUGCGGCUAUCUUUGAGAAGAAGAAGCCUGAGGACCCGACUCAGCUGAUCAGUACGUACGAGGUGACGGAACUGGUCGGGAUUGUCUCCCUUCUGUACGGCAUGCUGCUUCACUCUGGGGCUCCCAGCAGGGGCGAGCUCUCACCCCCAGAGUUACCCCAGCACACCAUGGCAGUCAUCCUGACCGGCAUCAAAAUGUUAAACAAUAUGGCCACCUUCAGCCUGGAGAUGUUACAGAAAACCCUGGGAGAGGAGGGGAUGUCCCUGGAAUUCCGACACAUCGCUAGCUACCUGAUGUGGUAUUGUAGCAGGCUGACCUGUGAGGAGCUUCUACACGAGGUCAUUCUGUGUGUCGGGUACUUCACCAUACUACACCCCGAAAACCAGAUUGUGAUACAGUCGGGCCAGUCCCCUACGGUCCUACAACAGAUGUGUUCCCUCCCCUUCCAGUAUUUUAGUGACCCUCGACUGACGGGGGUUCUGUUCCCGAGCCUCAUCGCCUGCUGCUACAACAACAAGUCCAACACGGCCAUUCUGGAGCAGGAACUCAGCUGUGCUCUCCUCUCCAACUUCAUAGAGGAGAAAGUUUUGGAAGCUCAGGCCCGGAUCUCACCCAGCUCUGCAUCAUCUAAGAAAGCCCCAGAAAAAGAAUCUGGUGAACAGAGAAUGUCCUUGCUGUCACGAUUUCCACAGGAGCAACUGACCGCUGCCCAGGAGUACUUCAAGGUCUCCUAGUGUCCACAAACCCAGGUGAAGGUCAUAUAGCAUCAACUAAGUCAAGGUCAAAUGAACAACAAGGCCAGAUUAUAAUCUUUUGACAUAUGGAAUAUUUCUGCAGUGGGUUGAAUCCAUCAUGGAUUUUUUUCCUUUUCUGGGACCAUUUCCAUUACCUGCUUGAUAAUUUGUGUUCAUUUCACUAAAUUACGGUACUUGAUUUGUGUCAGUGUGAGUUUUCUUUGAGUCCGUCCUAUUUUGACGCUAAUACAUAAUUGAUUACAUAUUUUUUUAUUGUUUAUUCAUAUUCAAUUUUUUUCAUCAAUUUCUGUUUGUAUUUAUUUUUAAUUAUGAGUUUGGUAUUUUUUACCACAUGGUGGGUUUUUAACUUUUUAUUUAGGAAGUACAAUUAUUUACAUGUAUAUUUAAGGAUAUUUUUGAUGUUGAAUACUUCAAAAUGUGUGUUGUACACUGUGUACUCCUGUUUGUACACUAACAAAAAUGAUUAUCAUUGAACUCUUUUUUCUGUUUAUCAAUUUGUAAAAUCAAACCAGCAUUUUGUCCCCCGGCAUCCUAAUGUCACAGGGACUGACUACACAGACCAGGGCUGACUGGUUAUUAUGUUGAAUGUAGAACAAAAUGGGUAUAUUUAUGUAGAUCUGAACACUGAUAUUAAAUGUGAAACCAAAUGUGAUAAUGUACAUAGAAGAACUGAAUGAGAUUUAUGUAUGAAUGUUCCAAAAAUCUUCAGAGAUGUUAAAAGAAACAUUAGUUUGUGAGCCCAUCUCUUAUGUAUGAGUGUUUUUGUUCACCAUUUGCUUUGACAUGUGUGUUUGUAAAAAAUGUGAACAAGUAUUAUUAUUCUUUUUUAUUUAACUUUUGUUUGGGAUUUUUUAAUUGUUCAUGAAUACACAAAAAAGUAUUAAAUACUUUUUCUCAUUUUUCA